GCCCCGCCGUCCGACCGCGGAGCCCACGCGGCGCCUUCCAGCCCCUCCCACGCGAUCGGGGGCGUGGCCAGCGGAGCCCCGGCCCGCGAUUGGCCGGCGCUGCGACACACCCCCGCCCGCCCCUCGGCAGGGGUCAGAGGUCAGCGCGGCGGCGGGCGGCGGGGCGACAAUGGCGGGGCUCUGGGUGGGGACGGCGGCGGCGCUGGCGGCGGUGGCCGGGAGGCGCGGGCGAAGGGCCCCGCCGCCGGUGGUGCUGCGGACCUUGCAGCAUGUUCCACACUAUUCAAGACAGCACUUCACUGUGUCUCGUGGGCUCGGUUCCGUGAGCUAUGACCCUAAUGAGAAGACUUUCGACAAAAUUCUGAUUGCGAACAGAGGAGAGAUUGCGUGCCGGGUGAUUAAAACCUGCAAGAAGAUGGGAAUUAAGACCGUGGCCAUCCACAGCGAUGCUGACACCAGUUCUGUUCAUGUGAAAAUGGCUGACGAGGCUGUCUGCGUUGGCCCGGCUCCCACCAGUAAAAGCUACCUCAACAUGGACGCCAUCAUGGAAGCCAUUAGGAGGACCGGGGCCCAAGCUGUCCAUCCAGGCUAUGGAUUCCUGUCGGAGAACAAGGAAUUUGCUAAACGCUUGGCAGCAGCAGAUGUCACUUUCAUCGGUCCGGACACACAUGCCAUCCAGGCCAUGGGUGACAAGAUCGAGAGCAAGUUGUUGGCCAAGGGCACGAAGGUGAACACCAUCCCCGGCUUUGAUGGAGUGGUCAAGGAUGCAGAGGAAGCCGUCCGAAUUGCAAGGGAGAUUGGCUACCCCGUCAUGAUCAAGGCCUCAGCAGGUGGUGGUGGGAAAGGCAUGAGAAUCGCUUGGGAUGAUGAAGAGACCAGGGAAGGCUUCAGAUUUUCCUCUCAAGAAGCCGCCUCUAGUUUUGGCGAUGAUAGACUACUCAUCGAGAAAUUCAUUGAUAAUCCCCGUCAUAUUGAAAUCCAGGUGCUGGGUGAUAAACACGGCAAUGCCUUGUGGCUCAACGAACGGGAGUGUUCCAUUCAGCGACGAAACCAGAAAGUGGUGGAGGAGGCACCAAGCAUGUUCCUGGAUCCGGAGACUCGGCGGGCCAUGGGGGAGCAGGCUGUUGCUCUCGCCAAAGCAGUGAAAUACUCCUCUGCCGGAACCGUCGAAUUCCUCGUGGACUCAAAGAAGAAUUUUUAUUUCUUGGAAAUGAAUACGAGACUCCAGGUCGAGCAUCCUGUCACAGAAUGCAUCACGGGCCUGGACCUCGUCCAAGAAAUGAUCCGCGUUGCCAAGGGUUACCCUCUCAGGCACAGACAAGCUGAUGUCCCCAUCAGAGGCUGGGCCGUGGAGUGCAGGGUCUACGCUGAGGACCCCUACAAGUCCUUUGGUUUACCAUCUAUUGGGAGAUUGUCUCAAUACCAAGAACCGGUACAUCUGCCUGGGGUCCGAGUGGACAGCGGGAUCCAGCCAGGAAGUGAGAUCAGCAUUUACUAUGAUCCGAUGAUUUCAAAACUCAUUACCUACGGCUCGAAUAGGACCGAAGCCUUGAAGAGAAUGGAGGAGGCCCUGGAUAACUAUGUCAUUCGAGGCGUGACACAUAACAUCGCGUUACUUCGAGAGGUGAUCGUCAACUCACGCUUUAUACAGGGAGAUAUCAACACUAAGUUUUUGUCUGAAGUGUAUCCUGAUGGCUUCAAAGGGCACGUGCUGACAGAACAGGAGAGAAACCAGCUACUGGCUAUCGCGUCAUCAUUGUUUGUGGCGGCCCAGCUAAGAGCACAACAUUUUCAAGAACAAGAAAGUGCAAGGGUGCCUGCAGUAAAGACCCAGGUGUGCAAGUGGGAGCUCUCCGUGAAACUGCACGAUGCAGCCCACACCAUCACCGCCUCACACAGCGGACCCACAUUCUCGGUGGAAGUUGACGGGUCGAAACUAACCGUGACCGGUGCCUGGAACCUGGCUUCACCCUUGAUGCCUGUCACCGUGGACGGCACCCAGAGGAUGGUCCAGUGCCUUUCUCGAGAACCAGGUGGCAACAUGAGCAUUCAGUUUCUUGGCACGGUGUACAAGGUGUGCGUCUUAACCAAGCUGGCAGCUGAGCUGAGCCAGUUCAUGCUGGAGAAAGUGGCCGAGGACACCAGCGGCACCCUGUGCUCCCCGAUGCCCGGCGUGGUGGUGGCCAUCUCUGUGCAGCCUGGGGACAUGGUGGCGGAAGGGCAGGAGAUCUGUGUGAUUGAAGCUAUGAAGAUGCAGAACAGCCUGGCAGCCGGGAAGGCGGGCAAGGUGAAGUCAGUGCGGUGUAAAGCCGGAGACACCGUGGGAGAAGGCGAUCUGCUGGUGGAGCUGGACUGAAGUAUUUAUAGCCUCCCAGUCAUCACCCAGUUAAUUAGCCAUUUGUUCCAUGUGCCUCCACGCUAGGUCUAUCCAAGCCUUCCUCGGGGACUCCCCUGGGUGGCAGAUUUUCCCAUGGUCAUAUUUAUUCCACAUAUAGUCAAAACCAACAUUCUGCCAACAACCAAAAAAAAAAUCACCAAUGGAAAUUUCGUAUUGAUAUAAAUACUUGUACAUAUGAUUUGUACUUCUGCUGUGAAAUUUCCUCGUGUCAAAACGAAAUCAAUAAAACCGAACAUUUGUCUAAA